AUGGCCAUCAUUGGAUGCAGACCUGGAACAUGUCAAAUCCACACUUUCAAUUACAGGGACGAUGGCUCUGGUACUUAUAACAGGCAUGGAUACUCUCAUGUGUCUGAAUGGGCAAAAUGGAAAAAGAAAAAGAGCGACUUCACAGCCGAAACAAACACAUCUGGAUGCCAUCUUUGCAUCAUCAUUGCCCAUGCCUUUGACGAGUCAUCAGUGGCUACAUUCGCCAAAAUGGACGCCAAAGAAACGCUUUACCUCUGCUUCUCUUACCGCAGCGUCGAGCGAGACCCGAGUGGAGGCCUAGAUUGGAAACAGAGAACACGCAUGACAAUCGACGACAUCAAUUUGCAGACUCAUUUACCAGAUGAGUUUUGGUUAAAGAUACGACCAGAGGAUAAUUCUAUUCUCAACAAGCUUGUCAUAGAUUUAAGAAUAAGAAUGCUUCAAGAAGAUGAUGGCAAGCACGUACUCAAGACCGAGCCGAAACAGCAUGCUUCUACACUGAAUAGCCAAAACCUACAAGUAGCAUCACAAUGGAUCAAGAAAUGUCUCAGUUCCCACCCCAUGUGCAAAGCGUAUCAAUCGCAGCAGUCAGGAUGGCGACCGAAGAGACUUGUUUAUGUGGGCUCAAAAUCUCAACAACCACGACUCACUAUCUCAUCUAAAGAUUCCGUCCCGGUCCCCUAUGUCGCGUUGAGUUAUAGCUGGGGAUCUGGUUACGAUGUUACUCUCUCCUUAGAGAAUAUUAACGACUUCCAAAAGGAAAUCCCUACCGCAAGUCUGCCAGGCACAACCCAAGACGCAAUCGCCACCGCCAAAACUCUCGGCUACGAAUAUAUAUGGAUCGAUGCACUUUGCAUCAUCCAAGACUCUAAAGAAGACUGGACAGAAGAGUCUUCCAAGAUGGGCGAUAUCUACGGUUCGGCAGCUUUUACCCUUGCAGCUGCUGGAAAUCCGAAUGUCAAGGAUAAGAUGUCCUGCCGCAGGGAUCCACGUGCCAUUCGACCUUGUGUGGCAAACAUCGACACGACAUAUCCAGGACUCAGUUACCCGUGGGCAAUAUACCCGAACCAGCCAGAACGGUUACUAGCCAGCACCAUUAAUGACAGUCCACUCAGCCGCCGUGCCUGGGCACUACAAGAGCUUUUGGUUUCACCCAGAACGUUGCUAUUCGGGCCAAAGCAGAUGGUCUGGUCUUGCACCACUGUAGAAGCAAGUGAAACAUUUCCUCUAGGUCUGGAUCCAAAGUUUUGUACACCAUUGAACGAAGACACGAGUUUGUCGUAUCUUCGCCGAAAGCUUAUGAGAAUAUCGAAUAAGGACGAGCUACCGUCUGAGUUUUGGGACAGCUUUGUCUUCAGAUAUACAAGGGCGCAGUUGACGGUUGGUUCUGAUGCCUUGGUCGCUUUGCAAGGCAUCGUCGAAAGAAUCAUCACGGUAGCUGAGACUGGUUGCGAUACAGAUGAAGCUCCAAGGAAACUGGACUACGUUGCAGGACUUUGGCACGAUCGAAACUUUCAACGCAGUCUUCUGUGGCGCCCGAAAUCUGGUUUGUCUCGUCGUCGUCCGGACAGUUACCGGGCUCCUUCGUGGAGUUGGGCUUCGCUAGACGCGGAAAUCGAUUCUUAUGAUGAAUAUGUUCCUUGGAUUUGGAACCACAAGGAUGUUGAACUUGCGAGCAUCGUCGAUAUUUCUAUCGAGCCUCGAGAUGUCCAUGGAAAUAUGCCUACUGGCAAGGUCACAGGUGGACAUCUUGACAUGAAGUGCUUCUUGCGCCCAUGUCAUCUACUCAAGACCUCGGGUACAACUGAUUCAUCAAGUGAUAGUGAAUCAUCCGAUGCUUCAAUUAUAACCACUGAACAAUACUGCAAACACAACGGAGACUCCUGGUCAGAAGCUUACGGAAAGGGCGGUGAUCCAAGCAAAGGGUUGCCAAAAUUUGCCAACUCAUGCAUACUGGACUUUCCGGGCGAGAUACCAGAGUCAAAAUGGAUCCAGGUUUAUUGUGUACCGCUACAGUUAGCUUGGCGUCAGACCGAUCGCUAUGAGCAGUCAAUUUGGGAAAGCUACGAAGGCCUAGUCCUCGUGUCCACAGGUGACGACUCUUCUGAUGAAACUGGGAAAGGGUCUGAGGAGUCCAGUUCAGAGCUGGAUGAUCCUUAA